AUGUUUGUGAUUCUCAGAGUUCUAAAAAGCCUAAACAUGUGGGAUGUCAACAUUAACCGCUUCUUCUGGUGCUCGGAAAUGGGAACGACCGGCAUUGUGCGUCAGGCGCAUAUACAGGCGCGUUCAUCGUCAACGACAACCUCUUCUGUUCGCAAGAAAACCCGUGGCCGAUUACCCAUUCCUCCCCUGCGUCAUACAUUAGAUAGAUACCUUGCCUCUCUCGAACCCUUCUUACUCGAAGAUGAAACCCAUGGCGGAAUGACAUUCUCGUCAGCAUACGCGCUACGCAAAAAAUGGGCCAACGAAUUCGAGUCUGGCAUCGGCCAUGUCCUUCAAGAACGUCUGGUUGCAUUGGACAAGGUCUCCCCAUAUAAUUGGCUCGACGACAACUUUUGGAUCGACAAAGCUUACCUCGAAUGGCGGGACCCCUUGCUUGUCAAUUCCAAUUGGUGGCUAGCGUUCAACGAAGAUCCUCUUAUUCCCCGAAGCGCCUUGAGCGGAGAGACAAACAACAAUCGCGCCGGCACUACGUUUUGGCAACUGAGAAGAGCCGCAUGGCUUAUGCACCGCAUGCUUCAGUUCAAGGAUAACGCAUUUGAGACCGCAAAGGCGUCGGAAGCAAGUUCAGCCGGCGCAUGGAUGAUGGAAAGCAUCGAAAAGAUAUUUAAUAUCUGUCGGAUACCCGAAUCUUUUUGCGAUACCCUCUCGGAACUUCCACCACUCUCAACACGUUCAGCUCGUUCUAUUCUUCUCAUGAUCCAUGACUGGUGUUAUUCAGUCGUCGUAUACCAUCCUCCAGACCCGGAAAACCCAAAAGCACCCCUGAAAUUACUUUCACCGGGUGAAAUCGAAGCUCGUCUUAGGGCAGUCGUUUUGGAUGUUGAAGCACGUCUGGCACACGGAGAGAAAGCUUUCCCGGUCGGUGCUCUCAGUGCGGAUGAACGUGAUUACUGGGCCAGGAAUCUUAGGUAUCUGCUUGCGCUGUCUCCAAAGAAUCGAAGGUCACACCAAGCAAUUCAGCAUGCUAUCAUGGGUCUCAGCCUUGAACACACCACACACAUUAUUCCUCCGUCGUUGCGCCACCUUCACCAACGUUCCUCCUCGCAAAUGUCUCUCGACUCGCAUCUCCAUACUAUCCGCGGCACAACCCAGAAUUUCUCGAAUCGCUUUUUCGACAAGACCUUCACCCUCAUCGUGGACCCCUCGACGCGAGCUGGUGCCGCCGGCGAACACUCACCUGUGGAUGCCCUCGUACCAAGCAUUGUCGCGGAGUAUGGUGUAGUAGAAAGUGUCGAUGCCGAAGCCUUCAAAUUGCCAGCGACAAACAGGAGUCAAGCCGACGAGCCUAGCUGGGAACGUCUUGACUGGGUUGCCGACAAAAAUUUGUGGAAGGAAUCGCGAGCGGCUGCUAAUCGCGCUACGAAAGUUCUCGAGAAUUCGGACGACAGUGUUCUCUGGUUUGAAAAGUAUGGGACAGAUUGGAUCAAGGGAAUGGGCAACUAUAAGUUCUCCCCCGAUGGUUUCAUACAAAUGGCAAUGCAGCUGGCGUGGUAUCGGACUCGCGGCGAGUUUACGGCGACUUACGAAACUGUCCUCACAAGGAUGUUCAAGCACGGGCGGACAGAAACUCUACGAACCUUCAGUCGCGAAUGUCGACUGUGGGUCCUGAGUAUGGUCAAUCCUCAAGCAACGGACUCUGAACGGUUUAAUCUCCUUCGGGAAGCUGUUGCUUCCCAUAGUCGACGUACCCGAGAGGCAAUGACAGGUCGUGGUAUUGAUCGGCAUCUCCUUGGCCUCCAACUCCUGCUCCGGCCCCUCAAUGGAGAGUCAGCAGCCUUGUUUGAGGAUGAACUCUUUGAAAGAAGUUCUCAAUGGAAGCUGAGUACUAGUGGGCUGAGUGCUGGACUAUUAUUCAAGGGUACAGGUUUUGGUGCUGCAUAUGAAGAUGGAUAUGGAAUCAACUACCUUGCUGCACCUGAUAGAUUUAAGUUUGGCAUUGAAGCCAAAUUCUCCAGCUCAUUGACAUCAGUACAAUUAUUCAAAGAUGCAAUUGUUGCUGCCUUAGAAGACAUGCAUCUGUUGUGCCAGCAGAUAGUAGAGCAGGAUUUGGCUUCAAGAAGUAUCUCAUACCUGUAA